AUGGACCUGGGCCCGCCAGACCACGUCCCGUACUGGCAGUAUAACGUCUCCGAAGGGGACAAGACGACAGACUGCCCGCCCUUUCUCCUCAACCUCAGCGACAAGGACCGGCGCAUCAUCGGUACGCCCGACUCGGCCUACGCUCCGAGCUCGUGGUCCGAGGUCUGCGCCCUCGUCUCGUCCAACCGUCUCGAUUUGUUCCAGCGCGCGCCGUCGCAGCUGCGGCGGUACAAGGCGUACACCUACCGCCUUGGCCGCGAGCAUGGCUCCGUCCAAGACUUCAUCCUCCGCGAGCGUCUCGGCUGGACCCAACCGGUCCGACCACGGGGCAGGCCGUUCCAGUUCCCCGACGACAUUCGAAUCAUCUACAACGACUGGCCCUACGGCCUGGACCCAAACAUCGUUCACCUCGUCGUCUGGACCAAGUUUGCGCUCGAGUCCGAUGGCGAGAAUGGCGAGCUUACGGAUGCGGCGCGCGUCAUAAUCGAGGCCUUUGUCACGACGACGUUUCGGCAACGCGUGCCCCCGAACCAGGUGGUAUGGUUCAAAAAUUGGUCAGCCCUCAGGUCCAUCGACUUGGUCGAGCACUUUCACGUCAUGAUGUUCGGCCCCGAUCCCGACUUUGUUCGCCAAGUCACAAAUGGAGAUGUUCCGCAAUAUAUGGGAGCCGACGUUUGA